GUGGUUUUGCUGACUGCACUCUCAGGCUUGUAAAUUUUCACCAUGGGAAAUUACCAACAAAGCCCAAUCUGUCUCCUGGCUGCUUUGCACUUUCCGAGGGCGGCUGUACUUGAGUGAGCUGCAGAACGGGAGGGGGGAGAAAGAGGAAGGGGGUGUGUGUGUGUGUGUGGUGGGGGAAGAGAGGUAAAUAGCCUUAAAUCGGAAGGGAGCUGCUUUCUCUGUGGUCUUCCACGAGAGCUGCUUUGGGCUCUGCUGUCUCCGUAAUAACCGAGUGACCUUUUCUUUUGCUGUAUUAUGUCUGACUGGUAAGGGAUUGCAUUUUGCAGCUGAUAAAGCCCUGACUUCAUUCAACGCGGCUCCUCACACGCUGCUUUUAGGAGAAAAGCUACAAAGCAGCCACUGUGCUUAUUGAACUGCCUCCCCCUGUAUCGCUUAAUUGAGAAGGUAUACAAAUGCUCUCAGUCCAGCCAGACACCAAGCCGAAAGGUUGUGCUGGCUGCAACCGUAAGAUCAAGGACAGAUAUCUUCUAAAAGCCCUGGACAAAUAUUGGCAUGAGGACUGCCUGAAGUGUGCUUGCUGUGACUGUCGAUUGGGGGAGGUGGGCUCCACCUUGUACACCAAAGCCAACCUUAUCCUUUGUCGCAGAGACUACUUGAGGUUAUUUGGUGUUACAGGAAACUGUGCUGCUUGCAGUAAGCUCAUACCUGCUUUUGAGAUGGUGAUGAGAGCCAAGGAAAAUGUUUACCACCUGGACUGUUUUGCAUGUCAACUUUGUAAUCAGAGAUUUUGUGUUGGAGACAAAUUUUUCCUAAAGAACAACAUGAUUCUGUGCCAGACAGACUAUGAGGAGGGUUUAAUGAAAGAAGGUUACGCACCCCAGGUUCGCUGAUCUGCCACCACGUCGUUAAGAAUAUAAAGCACUAUGUUCUUUUAUCUUUUUUGCUCAACAUGUAUAUAAGAAAUGACACAGGAUCCUACUGAAUAGCGUAGAUAUAGAGAGACAGGAUGGUCGCGUGGAAUAAAAGGCGGACUGAAUAUGUAUGUAGUGAAAAUUGCUCCAGUUCAGAGUUGAAUGUUUAUUAAAAAGGUAACUGUACAUACUGCUGGAUUUUUAUUUUAUUUUAUUUUUGGGGGCUUGCUAUUGUUUUGUUUUCCUUUUUGUGUCAUUUGGCAUGAGAUGUUUAUUUUGGACUAUUGUAUAUAAUGUAUUGUAAUAUUUGAAGCACAAAUGUAAUACAGUUUUAUUGUGUUACCAUUUGUGUUCCUGUUUGCUUCUUUGUAUUGUUGCAUUUAGUACAAUCACUGUCUAAACUUACUGUAUAUUUAUGCUUUCUGUAUCUACCAGCUAUUUUAAAUUAGCUGCAUCUUUCUAGUAAAAAGAAUUAAAGAGCAAAUCCCAACCAUUAUGCUAUAGUUAAGAGCUUAAAAUACUAUUUACAUUACAACUAUUUAAAAAAAAAUAAUUCUAGCAGCAACCACUGCAAACAAUGCUAUGGUUAAGGGUCUAUCAGCACUUGUGUUAUAAGCCUCUAUUUUUCAGGGGUUAAACCUCAGCUGUUUAAUUGUAUAGAUCUCCAAGAGCACUUUUAUUUUAUUACAAAUUUUUGAAAAACAAGUCUGGCUGGUUUGGGACGUAUUAUAGAAGGCGCAAAAGUGAAUGAUUUUGGGUGCUGCUUUUGUGCUGCUAGAUGUUCAAAAUAAGUUUGUUUUAUUUUUAAAUUAGCUGGAAAUUAGGCCCUAAUGCAAACCAGUGCCUUUGGGUAUCUUGUAACAUAUAUAUAUUCUGAAGUUGUUUAAUUUGAAAAAGUGACUUCUGCUCUUGUGCAGAGAUCUUUUGUAAGAUCAAAUUUCUUAGGCUUUGAGGUUUGUUUUUUGAGGGGUUAUUAUGUGGUGUUUUGGUUUUUUUGCAUUAAGACUUAACCCUAACUUUUAAUGGAGAGUUGUGUGGCUGCGUCCUAAGUGACUUGUUCUAAAAUGAUAAGGUUAGAAGGCAUCAAGAACAGCUUCAGUUAUAGGGUCUGUAUACAUUAGAGAAAAGGCCCUUUUAGCUGACAAUAGGAAAGUGACUUAUUGCUGACAACUACCCUCGGUGGCUAUUGAAGAAGACAAUUUAAACGCUAACAUAGAUGGGACAAUACUUUUAAGUAUCAUUACAGAAAACAAGAGAUGCCACAUUUCUUCAUGUACAAAUUGUACUGUUUGAGAUGGUGUAAAAAAAUUCUGUCCUCCCUAUGCUGGCAAUUAAAUAAUCUUCAACACCUGGUAAGAGUGGUGGGGCCCCUUUCCUGGCAAUCACCAUCAGGACCUGGUAAGAGUGGUGGGGCCCCUUUCCUGGCAAUCACCAUCAGGAACAGGCCCAUCUCCUAACGUAGAUGGAGCUACAUUUUAAAGCCGCGAGACUGUUGCCUCAGCAGCAGGCCCCUAAGUAUUCAUAUUCCUGGCAGAGUUUAAUAACCAGUUAGGCUGAGGUGAGAACUAUGAAGGGAUAACAUGUAACAAAUGGGCUAAAUCCACAGUCAAUCCUUUUCUCUUUGGCACUACUAAAGCUCACCGGGAAAAUAGCCUGUGUUUAAAUGACUGACUGUCUCAUGUGAGGCCAUGAAAUUUGGGUUUUCUUUCCACUAAGAAUCUUAUACACAAAGUACAUCAAAGAUCUUUGUGUUCCCUCGUUGGUUUGAUUUAUAGUUGCAAUGCUUUCCUGAGCUCCUCCUGUUAUCUCUUUCUGUAGUCACCAUGGUGGAGGGGAAGAAAUUCCUUAGUAUCUAUUGUGUGAGUUCUGAGUAGACUGCACAAUGGAUUGAUUUGGAAAUAGAUUUUUAAUCCCAAUAUCUGAAUUUCCAAAUAUGUCCAUCUAAGAGAGAUUUAGCGUUGUAAUAUUGUGGCUUUUUGGUAUGGAUAUGAACCCAGAUUAAAACUAAGGGCUAGUCACAAAGCUUAACUUUCACUGAUCUAGAACAUGGAGGAAAUGAAUGGUCAUUAAUAUCAUAGUUCAUUCUAGUCAGAGAAAACAGUCCUGUUUAAAGGUUCUCAAAAUUUUCAGAGUACAGACCACAUCUUAAUUGAGAGAUUGUGGUGUGGACCAUAUCUUCUCCUAUUUGUGAUCCCAUGAACCUCUUCCACUCCCAUUCACAGUUACAUAAUAUCUCUGUAGUGACCACAGCACUUGUUUACAUGGAAGGGUCAUAUUAGGAAGGUAUUUACAUAUUUGCUUCAGUGGUAAUAAGUGUUUUUGCCUUUUUAGAAAAACAUAAAUUACAGUCUCCUGUUGUUCCUCAUUCCACCUCCCCACUCCAACCUCUUUUGUUACUUUCAGCUAGAAACAAGAAUGACUUGCUAGCUAUUCACAGACCACAAUUUGGGAAUCUCCAAUCUAAGAGUCAGGGCAAGGGAUGGGAAUUAAGAAACCUGGGUUCUGUCCUUGACUUGCUGUGCCCAUGGGCAAGUCACUUAACUUACCUGUGCCUCAGUUGUCCCAUCUGUAAAAUGGGGAUAAUAUUUACACUGCUUUUGUAAAGCGUUUUUGGCUCUUCAGAUUCCAAGAGGAAUAUGUGCAAAGUAUUAUUAAGAGCAUUAGUUUAUACUGGGAAAAGUUAGCGGAGCAUUUUUUGAAAUGCUAAGUAGGUGGUCACUUUUGUAAAUUAAAGUCAGUCAUAGACAUGAGGGAGAAACAAAUUGAAAACAGUUAAUAAUCUGUUGAAGACUUUUGGCAUAUGGCUUGAAAGCAGAUAAAUGGCAUUAGUGUUGUAAACUUAAUAGCAAGCUCUUGUUAAUACAAAGUACCACUGUUCAGAUCUGUACAGGAUUAGUGAAGAGAAUGGAUUGUGGAGUAUGGGUGGGAGAAAAGUGGCUCUCGUGUGGGCUUGUUGUCUGAGAUAUAUGUAUCAGGCACAUACAUAUAGAAAAUAAGUGUCUGGAGGAUAUUACAAAAUAUAUAUAUAUAUAUAUAUAUGUAUAUAUAUAUAUAUAUAGCCCUUGAUUUGGGGACAGGGUCAAGAGAA